CAAAGCGACCCUUUCAUAUUCACCAACAACUACCGAUCAACCUUACCACCACUCCGAUUCAACAUUUCCCUUAUACUAUACGCCGCCGUGGCUAUCAUGCACCACAGAAGCCGAUUAACCACCGCGGUGCCACCCCCUUCUCCUAUCCCAACAGCUAAAGGCUCCCGCUCCGCAGCCUCCGAAACCUUCACGCAUUUCCUCGACAACUGCCUCAAGAUCCCCGAGCUCAUCGCAUUGCCGCCUGCCCACCUCUCCGGCACCGGCCCACGUCACCAGAUCCCCGCUUACGUCGACUUCCAAUCCCUCUCCGCCGACUCCAUCGCGCGCCUCCUCGUCUCGGCCAAGCAACUCGGAGCGUUUCGGAUCAUCGGUCAUGGAAUAUCAACCGAUGAGUUGAGGUCCGUGGUUCAAGAAGCCGAAUCCAUUUUUGGAAAUGCCGAUCAUCAAUCUAGACGUUUCGUUGAGGGCGUUGGUGAUCGUGAGGAGAUUGCUUGGGUUCGGGAUCAAAAGAGCAAAUCAGACCAACGAUAUGAGAAUUUUUGUAACAAUAUGGAUAAGGUUGCGAGUAAAAUUGAAGCGAUUGCAGAACAAAUGAGUGAAGUUUUCUAUAAAAAUGCGAAAGCGGAAUUUGUGAGAAGAAGCGAAGAGAAAGAUUGGGUUUUUAGGCUAUACAGAUACAAUGAUAAUACAAUGGAGCAAAACCACAGGAAUUCACUGAAUGAGAUCGACUGUGAUCGUGAGUGUGAUGAUCAUGGUUUUUGCAUCCACCUUCCGCUAGAACAUUCUCAGUUCUCCAUUCAAUCAGAGCGAGGUCCAUUGUCUUUUGAUGCAGGCCCUGAAACGCUUGUUGUUACAGUCGGAAAGCAGCUAGAGGGAUUUAAAUGUGUUUCAGGGGAAAUGAUCUUUGUGCCUAACAUAAGCAGAAGCCAAGCCUCUUUCUCCUUGCAACUCAAAGUUCCAUUUUCGUCUAAUUUAAGAAAAAAUUCCAAGACAGUUUCGAUUGUUGAUCAAGUUUUCAUUGCAAUCUUCCUCUGCUUAUUAUACAAAGCUGUGGUGUUCAUGUACGCUUACAUUAUUACAACUACAUAGAUACACUCCUUUUCUUUUGGCUUUUGGGUGAGGGUGACAUUUUAAGGUGACAAAUUCUUUUGGGUAUUGGCUUUUGGGUGACAUUGUCUGGUUUGGAGGAUCUACUCUUUUCUUUUAGGAUAAAACUUCGCUGACCAGGUAUGGUCAGCCAAAGCUGACCAUAUCCACUAACUGGGAGACAUGUGUCCUCCUAAGCCAAUUAUGCCUUUUACACAAUCUAGAUUCCGUCGGUGGCGCUGUGCUUCAUGACCGCGAUGGAGGUGGAGGAAGCAAGCAUAGUACUGCUGCGAAACAAGGAAUAGUAUCCCGGAGGAGGAUUUGCCAUUGCCGGAGACAAGUACGGAGAGAUCUCGAUCUGCGGUGUAGGCUUUGAUUGAGAGAGUGAGGAAGGCGGUGGUGGUGACUGGAAACCGGCAAUAGGGAGUGGAGAAGGGGUUGAGGAUUAAGGAGGAGGAGGAAUGAGGUUUGAGGAUGGUCGGGGUGAGCAGCCGAUAGGGAAUAGUGAAGAGAAAGAAGGAGAACAGAAGAGGAAGAAGGAGAACAGAAAGAGAGGGGCCCCCAAAAAACCACGUGUUGGACCUUGAGUGAGACACGCAAGUGUUGGUUAGGAAGGGCUGCCCAUGGCUGGGCAGCGAAGUAUUGUCCUUUCUUUUAUACCCCUUUUUCUUAGUGCAUAAAACAAUGUACAAAAUGGGAUCCAUGGCUUGAAGGGUUUUGGUUUGUUCAUAUAUAGAAGCUAGUAGUACCAAUUGGAAUACGAUAUUUGUAUAUGCAGAUUGCAGAGUGCAGACUUCAAUCUUUUGCCUUGAGGUUUGAUUAAACGAAUGAAGUUUUAUUGCUUCUUGUGGUGGAUUUCAAUAAUGCUUGUGAAUUGUAAGAAACAUUUUGUAAAUUAUGGAGUUGUAAAUUCUUCAGUUUUCUAUACAGUGGCAAAGAAACUCAUGU